AUGAUUCGGUUUGGAAUGCCAUUAGCAUGGCUCAUCGGAUUCGUCGGUAGCCCCAUUGCAUCGAGUGUCGAUUGGACCACCUUGACCGAUGAAGCCAAGUUAACGCCAAAUUUUCCGACGCUCGAUGAAGCUACGCAGGCGCCUUCAACAACGUCAGCAUCAUUUGCAUCAUCAGAAUCACUGCCGUUCGACAGUGCAACGUUGGUCGAGAAAUACUAUGCGACGCCAGCUACUGCCAUGAGCACCGUCCGAUCAACGUAUCGCAAUUGGGUCGGUCCUUGGAGUCUUUCAUCCGAUACUUCAUGUUACCGAGAGGCUCAUAUUAUGCACACUUGUCCUCGCAAUUACGACCGCAACGACCUUACGCACACUUGCUGGACGGAAUGUCCAAUUGAGUUUCCCGUUAAAUGUGGCAUGGAAUGCGUGCUACAGAACAGUAACUGCAGACUUGAAGUGGCUAGUAAAGUAUCUGCGGUGGCCAUGGCAGCGAUCGGCACAGCCACGUUCGGAGCAUUUGGUCCAUUGAUGAAAAUGGGCAAGAAGUUGACGUGGGCCGUUCAGUGCACAAACCAAUUGUUGCUUGUGAUGCGAGGUAUCAUCCGGUACGUUCGAAGCGUCAAGACACAAGACCCGCAACUAUCUCACGAAAAGCUCCUGUUGAUGCUGUACCAGACCAACAAUGUCGUGACGGACUUGCCCAUGGUCAUCUACGCGUGCAUGGGCAAGAACAUUCCCUCGAGUUUGCAACUUUCGCAGAUCGUUUUAGCCACGUCGCAGUGGAUGCUGCUGCAAGCUCUCACCUACGAAGACGAUAUUAUCUCGAGCUGGCAGAAGUUUCGAGCGUUCAUCAAAGGCGCGAACUUCACGGAAGCUGCCGAAGAAAUUACCGAGGGCGAGAUUGAGUCGCUGGAAACAGCCAUGCAGCAGAACUCGAGUUGUGCCGGCGAUUUGAAGUCAUUGACUGACCGAGUCUGGAUGACACUUCGCGAGUACCGAGAAGCUGCUGUGGGCAUCACGAAAGACGAACUUCGACUCAAGAUCAGUGAAUCAGACCUCGUUCUUUACGACGUUGCCCUCGUAACGAACAACUGUAUACAGCACUUGAUCUCUGAAUCCAACAAAGGGACUGCAUACAAAACUCGCGAAACGCUGCGCAAGACUUUCGGCGUGAUCAUUAACGACCUCAUUGAGUCUGGACAUAGCGACAAUGGCACGUCGUUGGACGAGAAAGCACAUGUGUACAAGUGGAUUGACACGGGACUUUCAACUAUUUCUGCUUCCAUGACGGAUCCGACGGAUAUCGCGACGCUGCUGUCCGAGUACAUUCAGAGAGUUUGUGGACCUACGCAGUUCAUGGGCGAGAUUGACGACGGCACAGAAGACGCGACACUGGGGCUAAACACCUUACAGAGAGCUUUUAAAGGAAGCGCCAGCUCCUGGUCCAGAGUAGGCGAUGGUGCAGUUAUUAUUCGCUUUACAAGUACCGACACGAAGGGUGUACAUGUGAACAUUAUGUCUGGGAGCGACAGAAUCGCUCGAGUGAGUGUCGCGGCAGGUGGUACUGCCCAAUGGAAGUCAAACGUUGCAACUCUAGGUGGCAAAACAUUGUAUUUGACUCGACGGCGACCUGGUUUGCUUGGUCUUCCCGGCAAAGGAGGUGGUUCACUGGUACUGUGGGUACCAAGAGCAUCUCAAGGAGGUCAUUUGGAGCUUGAUGUUAAGGUCAAUGUUAGCUAG